AUUGAAAUGGCGAUUGAGACACUGCAAAAGUCUGAUGGUCUGUCCACUCACAGAAGCUCUCUUCUCAACAGCCAUCUUCAGUGGCUUUUAGACAACUAUGAAACUGCAGAAGGAGUGAGCCUUCCAAGAAGUACCCUUUACAACCAUUACUUACGACAUUGUCAAGAACACAAGUUGGAUCCAGUCAAUGCUGCCUCCUUUGGAAAACUCAUACGGUCAAUCUUCAUGGGAUUACGGACCAGAAGACUUGGAACUAGAGGGAACUCCAAAUAUCAUUACUAUGGGAUUCGUGUCAAGCCAGACUCUCCUCUUAAUCGACUACAAGAGGACAUGCAAUAUAUGGCUAUGAGACAGCAGCCCAUGCAGCAGAAACAGAGGCAUAAUAUGGAAGCAGGAGAUGUCUCCCAGUAUGUUCAUGCGGGAAAUUCUUGUUACAAAAAUCAUUGCAGGAUUAUACGUAAAAGGCAGACCAGGAAUAACAUUGGCCUGUUACUUGAUGAGCACGGUCACCUCACAAGCAGGGACACAGACAAAGCAGGGACAUUCAAUGCCUUGUUCAUCUUGGUCUUCAAUACUGAGGAUGGGCUUAGGAACCUCCAGAGCCCUGGGCUAGAGACCCAUGACUGUGAGAAUGAUAAACUCCCGACCAGCCCCAAACUUGUGCGGGAUUUGCUGCUCCAGCUGGAUCCCUACAAGUCAGUGCGGCCUGAUGGGAUCCACCUGAGG